AUGGCGACCGUCGAUGCUAUUCUCGCUGCCAAGUACCCCGGCAAGGCUCACGCCCGCCGGGUUGCCCAAGCUCUCAAGGCCCAAGAUGCCGGCGCCAUCUACCUCGAGGCGCAAAAAACUCGUCUGAUUGAAGAUAACGACGAGGCUCAACCCUUUAGACAACGUCGUCCAUUCUUCUACCUGACCGGCUGUCCCGAACCCGAUGCGUCUAUGGUCUACGACAUCAAGGCCGACGAACUAACCUUGUUCAUUCCCCCCAUCGACCCAGACUCCGUCAUCUGGUCCGGUCUCCCUCUCUCCCUCGAAGAAGCCGCCAAGCUCUACGAUGUCGACCACGUCCAAUAUACCACCGACGUCAACGCCACCCUGGCCAAGAUCGCCAGCGCGCAGGCCGGAAAGACCAUUGCCUUCGCUAUCGGCGAGCAAGUCUCUUCGGACAUCAAGUUCGACGGAUUCGCGCAGCCCAACCUGACAGACCUGAAGAAGGUCAUCGAGGAUGCGCGCGUCGUCAAGGACGCGUACGAGGUAGCCUUACUCCGCAAAGCGAACGACAUUUCGACCAAGGGCCAUAUCGCCAUCGCUAAGGCGGCCCGGGCCGCGACUAAUGAGCGCGAGUUGGAGGCUGCGUGGUUGAGCGGAUGUAUCGCGAACGGAUGCCGGGAACAGUCCUAUCACCCUAUUUUCGCGGGUGGUGCGAACGGUGCGACGCUGCAUUAUGUUAAGAAUGAUGAGUAUCUCGUUGAUCAGGAGACUAAGCAGCGUAAAGGUAAUUUGCUCAUCGAUGCCGGUGGUGAAUAUCGGAGCUACUGUGCGGAUAUUACUCGUGUUGUUCCGUUAAAUGGGACGUUCCCUACUGAGACACGCCAGAUCUACGAGAUCGUCCUGCAGAUGCAGAGCGAGUGUAUUGGCAUGUUGAAGGAAGGAGUGCGCUGGGAUGAUGUCCAUGCGCAUGCGCACCGUGUUGCUAUCAAGGGUUUGCUUAAGUUGGGUAUUCUUGUUGGCAGUGAGGAGGAGCUCUUCGAGAAACGGAUUAGUGUGGCCUUUUUCCCGCACGGUCUGGGCCAUUAUCUUGGCAUGGAUACUCAUGAUACUGGUGGUUAUCCUAACUAUUCUGAUUCUGAUAAGAUGUUCCGGUACCUGCGUGUGAGGGGGAUCUUGCCUGCGGGUUCGGUCAUUACUGUUGAGCCUGGUAUCUAUUUCUGCCGCUUCAUUAUCGACCCGGUGUUGAAUGACCCGGAGACGGGCAAAUACAUUGACGCCGCUGUCCUGGAACGGUACUGGAAUGUCGGAGGUGUCCGUAUCGAGGACAAUAUUCACAUCACUAAAGAUGGUCAUGACAAUUUGACCUCGGCCCCCAAGGCCAUUGAAGAGAUUGAGGCCCUGGCUCAAUAA